AUGAGAUUUCAGAUUACUUAUUAUCGACAAUUACGCUUUUUUAUACUAGUUGUCAUUGGUAUUGGUUUAGUCUUGUUUAUUAAUCAACCAAAUUUAUUUCAGUUUUCAAUUCGUAGAUCUAAUUAUACAAAAUAUCCUUUAUUGAAAAGUAAUGAAAAAUGCACAACAACUGUUGUAAUAGUAUAUUUUCCAUUGAGAAAAUCCAAACAUAGUAAAGCUGAAUAUCAAUCAUGGAUUGAAAAUCUAUUAGGAUUUUGUCAAUCACCUAUCAUUAUAUAUACAUCAAUUGAACAUCAACUCAUUCUACAACAACUUCGUCGAAAUAGUUCAUUAAGGACUCAUUUUAUUGUGGAGUAUAAUUCACCAUUUCAAAUACCACCAAUAAAAAAACUUGUUCCUAUUUUUGAACAACAAUAUUCAAAUGAUCCUGAACGUGCAUAUCACUCGAUUGAAUUGUAUGCUGUAUGGUGCGCUAAACCAUUUAUACUGAAUCGAAGUGUAGAGCUUAAUCCUUUUCGAACAAAAUAUUUUCUCUAUAUUGAUGCUGGAGCAUUUCGAUCUUCUAAUUAUCGUUUUCAAUCAUGGCCAUACGAACCUUCAAUUCAUUCAAUUCUUGCUAAUAACAGACUUCUUCUUAGCAUGAUUUCUCCACUUCCUCGUCAGUUUUGUCCACCGUCAUAUACUAUAGAUAAAGGUCUCAUUCGAUAUGAUCUCAUUCAAGCUGGUCUAAUGGGUGGUACUGCUGAUGCUAUCCAUUGGUGGACAUCAGUAUUUUAUGAAACAAUCGAUAUUUAUAUUUCAAAGAAUUUUUUCAUUGGAAAGGAACAAAAUUUGAUGAAUGCUAUUGCACUUAUAUAUCCACACAGGAUCAAUAUGAUGCUUUCAUUUCGUACCUCUUGUGGCAAUAAAUGGUUUGCUUUCGGACCAUUACUAGCAAAUCAAGUUGACAAACAACGAUUGGCUUUUUCAAUGACUUGUCAACAUCAGAAUUUAUCUGAAGUUAUUAUUCCUUUCGAAAAUAUUUGCAACGAUCCUAGAAAUGUUAAAUAA